CAGACAUAAGAUAAGACAGUGGGACUAAGUGAAACGAACUUUAAAAACCAACUAAAUGACUUUAUAUAAUAAAUUUUUUCUUUAUUAACGCUACCUUUAAGGAUCAGAUAGGAAGUGGAUCUGUCCUACGAUUCAUUGCCAUUGCCCUUUUGAGUCAUAUGAAAUCUAGUGUCAUCAGCUCAUUUUAAGAAUGAAAAAGUAGAAGUUGCGGCUCCUUGUUUCGACCAGCUCAUCUCCGGUCCACUCACACAGUCUGUGACUCACUGGUUUUAGUAGGAAGUGGCUUGCUCUUUUGUCAAUCCUGGCACUUUUUGCUGUGGACACUGUGUUUGCAUCUCCAUUUGCAUGAGUGAGCAGACCUUUAAUUGUCGAAUGUGCUUGAUUAUUUAUAGGCAGGAACAAAAACAGUAUGAGGUGUUGUUAAGAGCACGAACAGGAACUGUGGUCUACUGAAGAGAAAUAGUAUUAUCGCUUUACUGGAACACAAUAACAGCGCCGUUUUGGGACUUCCUGCUGGUUUAUUGUGUGUGUUCUCCUGUCGAUGUUGUGAUAUCUCUGAAGAAGAUGAUGCAGAAGAUGGAACAGAGCUCGUGCACAGAGGAUCGGAUCCAGCAUGGCCUGGAGCGCUGCCUCUGUGACCUGGGUCUGGACACUCCUGACAAACACCUCUGGAACGCUGGACUGUGCAUCAACCGCUGGUGUUUGGAGGAACUAGUGAAGAGAGAUCACCACAACUUCCUCAUCCUUCUACAGAAAAUUCUGAGGAAAACAAGAGAGGUGCUAGAACAGUGUCAGUAUGAGCUGGUGGUGCCACUCACCCUCCUGUUCUCUUCAACUCUUCUCAAAGCUCCAUAUGUAAGUCCAGACUGCGGUGUGCUACAGGAGGCCUACCUCUUGUUCCAGAGCUUUUUGUCGUGGCCUGAGCCCUGCUGCUCCGCCAGCAAACGCCUACUUAGCACAAUUCAGCAGGAGCUCAGAGCACCAGGCAUUUCAUUUCAAAGGCUGGUGAGGGCAGAGCAGGGCUGUUCCCCUGACAUUCAUGCCUCCAAAACCAUAACUGUUCUAUUAGUGAGUCCAGAUGAGGACAUUCCUGCAGAGGUCCAGUCUGUCUCUGAUCAGCUGAGUAACAUCCAACACACCAACAGAGACGUCAUCAUCACCCUCAUCAUUCAUGCCUUUCAGGCAGCUCUGGGCACCAAACUGGACCUCCAACUCCUGCACACAGCUCUGCAGACAAAACAGCAGGAGGAGUUGGAGCAGCUUCUGGAGGCACUGACCAUCAACAUGGAGCGAGCAGCGUCUACAGCAGAUAUUAGUAAAGCUGUGCAAGGUCUACUACACAGCAUGGAGAGGCUCAGAGAAAGCCUGGCUGCUCCUUCUCCUGCUGAUGAAUCCUUAAACACUGGGACCAUUGAGACUUUGAUGCUGCCCUUUGCCAAAUGUCACACAUGCUCCUGGGAAAACGAUAACUUUGAUAUUCUGACUGACAUUCUCGCAAAUGAGUCUGACCUGGAUUCCCCUCCAGACUGUUUCCUAAAAACAGAAUUGGAUGAAGAAGAUAACAAUGACAUCAGUGUGGAUGAGGAGGAUGAGUUUGAGGGAAACAAAGCGGAUGACGUUUUUCAAAACCACCGUAUCUCCACUGCAUCCUCUUCCUCUAGAGACUCUGGGUUCUCUCUAUCCUCCAGCUGGUCGUUCUCUACACCGUCUUGCUCCUCAGGGGUGGAGAGUGACUUCAGUGAGGACACAGGGCAUGAGGAUGUGGAGGAAGGACAAGAAAACCAACCAAAGCCCAGGAGGAAACCCAAGAAGAAGUCCAGAUCUUUCUUAGGUGUUGAGCGCUUAUCCAUGCUUUUAAAGACUCCUCGCAGCCCUAGUACUUGCCGCCGUGCCCAGAGCAUGGGCUUCCAUGGAGAUUCUACCAAAGACCUUCAAAAGACGGGGCUCAAACCCUCCAGAUCCCUGUCCAGACCCAGUCAGCCUUUACAUUCCACUUUAGAUAGUCUUUUUCCACAGAAGCAGGUGUGUGUCCGCAGGAGGCCGAUCCUGAGCUGUGAUGAAGGCGAUGUGGCAGAGGCGGUCAACCUGGUGCGAGUGGUAGUUUUUGGCGGGGAUAAAGAGGCUGGCAGGCUGGCGAGGGCCUACAGUGACCUGCAGCAGAAAGGGAGUAAAUGUGCCAAACUCACAAAGACGUGCAAACUGCAGUUUUACUUUGUACCCACGAAAAGGAGAGGGCUAGGAACCCCAGCAGGAGGAAAUACACCAACUGAGGGGCCAACAGGGAGUUCAACCAAAGCAAUUAUGGAUUCUAAUGGUCUCAUACUGGACCACAGUACCACUGAUAUAGCUCACAUGUUGGGUAUGAUGGACCCCUGGUAUGAACGCAACAUCCUGAGUAUGCUCAGCCUUUCCUCUGAUGCCCUUUGUCAGACUUCCUGUAAGGAGAGUUGCACCUCGGUGAACAGCGGCACCACAGAGCAUCUUCCUCUGCUGGCCGACAUGGUGCUUUACUACUGUAGACAUGCAGACCAGCCUGUCCUGGUGCAGCUCUACCAGGCAGAGCUGACCCUGGCUGGAGGAGAGAAGAGAAGGGAGGUGUUUAUUCAUUCUCUGGAACUUGGACACACUGCUGGAACCAGAGCUGUGAAGGCCAUGGGUGAGUCACACUCUGAGAAACCAGACGGACACGACACAAAACAUUCACACACACACACACACACACACACACACACACACACACACACCCUGUUGUGUGUUCAUUUUACAGGUGCUGCUAGCAAACGGUUUGGGAUCGAUGAGGAACGAGAGGCAGUUCCUUUAACACUAAGUGUCGCUUACAAUAAGGUGGCUGUAAGUGGGAGGAGUCAGUGGAUGCAGACAGAGAAGGUUUGCACGUCAAUAAAUGUUUACAAAGCCUGCAGGAAACCUGAACAGCUAGAUUCAAGAACAGAAAGCCUUCAGCUGGUGGUCGCAGAGGUCCUAAAGAGGCAGGGCUCCAAGUCUAAAAAGGGCUACAACCAGCACAUCUCCCUAUCAGAGGUGAAAGUAGACAAGGUCCAUGUGAAGGGAAAGGAUGAUGGGUCGACUUUUGCGGUGUGUCUAGAUCAGGAUGAGAAGAAGUUCAUCCAGAGAGUCAUCAGGUGUGAUGUGUCUCUGUGCUGUAAACCUGGGAGCAGUUCGGACUGGAGAUCCUACAAACCUUCACCUGGUCAAGUCCAGCCUCUACACCCUUCCUACUGCUCGAUGCUCUGCCUCCCCAUCACUUCUUUUUCCACCUCACAUCCCUGAUGACACUCUAUACUGUACAACACGACACUUCAUGGACUUUUGCCGAAACAACACAGGAUGUUUAGCUGAUGUGAGGCUGAAUAAAAACAUACUAAAGAGGAAGUAAUAACAGUAAUAAUAAAUGUUUAUGGAUCAACAGUAUUUCAAGUUCAUCCUGUUGCUGUCAUUAAGGUGUGUCACCUUACUGUCAUUAAGUUAAGCCUGAGUGGUUUUUGGAAUGUCAGUCUAACUUUACAAGGAUGAUUUAUCAGAACAUGACCUCAUUUUAGAGAAACACAUGGUAUUUGUAAUAAAUUAAUCAGUGCUUGUUGAUCAUAGUUUCCCUGAUCAUGUGUUGUAUCUAUCUACAUUAGGGGGGUUUGACAGGAUCUCUACCAUGGCUUGAUUAUUAAUGUAUACAUUCUGUUGAAUCACUGCAGAAGUAUAGAAACAUGACAUAAAAUAAGCUAUUUAUUAUGAAAAGGUAACAGUGAAAACAUGUUUUAUAUGUUUCAAAAAAUUGACACCUCAUAUUGUUUUUACAUGUUUCAUUCUU